AUGAUUGGAUGUGGCCGGUGGCAGCUCUUGAUAACUCUUCUUCUGAGUUUCUGUACCCUCAAUCACACGUUGAACACUGGUACCGAGGCACUGAUGCGUCCAGACGGUUGGUGGUGCAAAAAGCCACAUUUUCUUCAUCACUGGACUGAUGUACAGUGGAUACUGUACAGUCACAGCAUCGAAUCAUGUGUUGGUGUGUGCAAUCGUAAACUCUGGGAUCAGCAGUUUCUGGCUGAUGGUUAUUUUCAAGGUUGCAGUGUUUAUGACAUUGAUUACAGAGUAUUGAUUAAUUUGAGUUAUGUUGAGAGGCCGACGAUCGAUACUGUUAAAACUGUGGCUUGCCCUUAUGGAAUUUAUUACAGCAAUAUUGGCGGCCAGAAUUUGGCUGAGAAGUCGUCCAGCACAUUCGGAAGAAUAGUAGGCUACAUUGUUAUGGGCACCCUGGGUGACUGGAUCGGUCGGAAAACCGUUCUCUUCAUCUCCUGCGGAGUAGCUCCAAUUACAGCUGUUAUGGUUGCAACCUCAACCCAUCACAUCCUCUUCAUCCUAUCGAGUGUCAUUAAUGGCUUCUUCGACGGUGGCUUUUCAGUUUGUCUGUUGCUUAUUCUCGAAAUCAGCAGUAAUCUCCGAAGAUCGGAGUUGUUGCUGAUUGUUUGCUGCUGCUUCGGUCUGGGAAUAGGAAUUCUGCCAACAUUCACGAAUUUCUUCAAGUCCCAUGACCUGAUGAUGGUGUCCACCCACACCUUCUUCAUCCUAAUGUUCCCGUUCAUCAGGAUAAUCCCGGAGUCUCCUGCGUGGAUGUUCUGUACGAGAAGACUGAAUCAAUUAAACAAGACGAUUAAGGCAGCAUCAGGAAUGAACGGAUCUCCUGUCCCUGCGGGAGUCCUCACCUACUGCAACAACAAGAACCUUCAGCUGGCCAAGAGGAGACCCCAGCUCUGGCACGUCUUCCUAGAGCCGGAGACCGCUUGCGAGAUGAUCGGCAUCGGCUACCUGACAGCCCUCUUCGCCCUGAUCUUCGGAUCCUCUUACUACUCGAUCCUGGCGCAUGUCACCAAAUCCCAACUAGCUAACUCCCUUCUGGCAGCUGCGACCAUGGGAGGCAUGCUCUGCGGACAGUUUUGCAUGGUUCUCAUGGGACACAAGAAGAUCCUCCAGAUUGCUAUCGUCCUUGUGCUAGUCAGCUCCUUCAUGCUGAUUAUCGAUCUUCAUAAUCUGAAGCCAUCCAACACUGGACCAACUACUACAUUGCUGCUGGUUAAUGUGGCUGUCGUCAGCCUUAGCUACGGAGUUUUGUUGAAUUAUAAUUCUAGGACUGUGCCGACUCUACUGAGGGGAACGCUGUCCGGAAUCUGGAGGAGCAUCUGGGCCCUCUUCGUCUGGACAGGCAAUCACGACUACGUAAAAUUCCCAACAAUGGCAAUAUCCCUGAUAAUGACCUGUGUUCUAGCUGGAUUAUUCAGUCUAAACCUCAAAGAUUUAUACUACCGUGAAUUACCAGAUACAAUCGAGGAUUCAAUUUACUUUAAAAUAAAAUCCAAACCAAAACGCUGGAUGGUGGAGGAGAAUGGAGAAGUUAUUGAUGACGAGGGGAAGAAUCGGGGGAACAAUGUCAGUAUCUUUAAAAAAUUCAGGAGGAAUUCUAUUCAACCUAAAAUCAUUGAUUCCUAA